GCUUCAUUCUUUAAGUCAGCAAGACCACAAACCCACCAGAAGGAACAAACUCUGGUCACAUCUUGGCUACUACAAAGGGACUAUCACCAAGCGAAAGAAGAUGCCUGUGAUGAAUUCCCUUUGUAGCUAGACCAGAUACCUUGAAGGAUAUAAAUUGAGCCCAUAGUUAAAGAAAAUCUAGAGGACCAAGCCUCCCUGUGUUGCACAAAGAAAGUUUCUCUGAAUAUAUUUAAAGAACCAUCAAGAAAUGGGGACCUGGAUUUUGUUUGCCUGCCUUGUCGGAGCAGCUUUUGCCAUGCCUCUACCACCUCAUUCCGGGCACCCUGGUUAUAUCAACUUCAGCUAUGAGAACUCACAUUCUCAGGCUAUCAGUAUUGACAGGAUUGCUUUGGUGCUCACCCCUUUGAAGUGGUACCAGAGCAUGAUAAGACCACCAUACUCUUCCUAUGGUUACGAGCCCAUGGGUGGAUGGCUGCACCACCAAAUCAUCCCCGUGCUGUCCCAACAGCACCCACUGACUCACACCCUGCAGCCUCAUCACAUCCCAGUGGUGUCAGCUCAGCAGCCCCGGAUACCCCAGCAACCACUGAUGCCUGUUCCUGGCCAGCAAUCCAUGACUCCAACCCAACACCAUCAGCCAAACCUCCCUCUGCCUGCCCAGCAGCCCUUCCAGCCCCAGCCUGUUCAGCCACAGCCUCACAAGCCCAUGCAGCCCCAGCCACCUGUGCAACCCAUGCAGCCCCUGCUGCCACAGCCACCUCUGCCUCCGAUGUUCCCCAUGCAGCCCCUGCCCCCCAUACUUCCUGAUCUGCAUCUGGAAGCUUGGCCAGCAACAGACAAGACCAAGCGGGAGGAAGUGGAUUAAAAGACCAGAAUAUGAGAGGGGAACUGAAGUAAACACUUUAGUUGCUUUCAGGGAUGACACAAGGAC